AUGGGCCUCCUUUAUCCUCCGUCUCCUUUUGCGCCUCCAACUAUAACUCAACGUCUCCUAACUACUCCGCUCCGAUUCCUCUUCCAUCUCGCCUACACGAUACUGCUAUAUCUUCGUGGCCCUUCGUAUUCUCCGCCUCCCAAUGUCGAUCCUAUAAAAGUGGUGUGCAUUUCUGAUACACAUUGCAAGAAUCCUCUCGAUUUCCUCCCGCCAGGAGAUUUGCUCAUUCAUGCAGGCGACCUCACCAACCUUGGCACAGUCGCAGAGAUCCAACGGCAGAUUGACUGGCUGAAGUCUAUACAUGGUGCCAUCGUGAAGGGUGGGUUCUCUGAGAUCAUCGUCAUUUGCGGCAACCAUGACAGCUACUUCGACGUGCGAUCUCGAUCUGGACACGACCGGCAACAAAAGCAGAAGUUGGAUUGGGGUCCAAUCAAGUAUUUGGAGCACUCCUCUACUGCCGUCACGAUCCAUGAUCGAACAUUGAAUGUGUAUGGUGCGCCGCAAAUACCAAAAUGUGGAGGCAAAGAAUUUGCUUUCCAAUACCCUCGUGGACAGGAUGCAUGGAGCGGUACCAUUCCAGACGAUGUUGAUGUGCUGGUGACCCAUACACCACCAAAGACUCAUCUCGACAUACCACUUGGUCCAAAUGCUGGCAUGGGUUGCGAGUGGCUUUUGAAGGAGUGUUGGCGCGUGAAGCCAACACUACACGUUUUCGGCCACGUACAUUCCGGAUAUGGUAUGCAAGCUGUAUGGUGGGACGAAGCGCAAUUCAGGCAUGAGAGAAUUAUUUCAAGACCGCCUGGAAGCUUUGGUGCUCUAGGUGAAGUUUUCGACUUUCGGCUGUGGAUCGAGGGUGCCAAGCUUCUCUAUCAGGGGGCAAAGGGAGUCUUGUGGACCAAAUUCUGGGGAGGCACUGCCGGAGGCGGUGUGAUGAUCAAUGCUUCUCUAACCUGGCAGACAACGGACAGGCUGGACAACGAUCCGCAGGUGGUGUACUUAUAA